AUGGAUGAACAUACGAAAGUAUAUGAUCAUCUAAGUGUUCUAAAUGGUAUUGUUCCUGAAUUAGAAACUAUUGGAGUCAAGAUUGAUGAUGAAGAUAAAGCUUUGAGACUCAUAUGGUCUCUUCCAUCUUCCUAUGUGCAUAUUAAACCUGUUUUAAUAUAUGAGAAUGAAACUUUAAGCUUUGAAGAAGUUGCUAGUAAGAUUGUUUCUGAAGAAAGAAGAUUGAAGGGUGAGGAGAAUACUUCAUCAAACUCAGUGUUGGUUGCUAGAGGAAGAUCGUGUGUAAAGAAAAACAAUGAAACGAGUGUGAGAUGUUGA